AUGUUGGUAUUGGAAGUACCUCGGAUGGAUGAGGAAGACAAGUUUCACUAUUUCAUGGAAGGACUUCAGACAUGGGCGCAAAAUGAAAUCCACAGACAAGGAGCCCACGACAUCUGAGGAACAAUGAUGGUGGCAGACGGACUGAUAGAUAACUAAUGCCAACAAUCAUAUGACAAUGACACAUCUCAAGGGGGUUGAGGUCACAAUGCCAAUCAGGGACAAGGAGGACCGGCCCAAAUAGGAGCGAGUCAAGGCAACCACAACCAAGGUCGAAAUGAGACCCCUCUAUAA